CGACAGGCUUCUUCUCUCCAUCCUCCGUCUCUCCGAGGCGCUUCUCGUCCGCCACACCGCCGGCGUCACUCUCCACCGGGCGCUGCAUCCAGCGCCAUCGUCUCCGCGCCUUCCCAAGUUCGGAAAUACCUCUAGAGGAACUCAACCCAUCCGUCGAUCUACUUAGGAAAACUGCGGAGGCCGUCGGCGAUUUCAGGAAAACGCCCAUCUAUAUUGUCGGUCCUGUUCUGAAGAGCUCUGCUGCAAGCCUGCAACCUUCCAAGUUUUCCUCUAGGCCAAGGUGUACACUGCCUGUGCAAUUUCUUUCAAAGUAGCAUGUCCAGCCUGCUGUUCUAAAUCUGCUGCAAUCUUCAUGCUCAUGCAAGAAUUUAACCUGGGUGCCGUUAACUAGCAUGACAGCAGUACAAUUCCUUGUCCAUCAGUCUGCCUCGUCACGGAGUGUGUUCAUUCCGAUCCAUGCUAUUUUGUCCCUUCUGAGUUUACUAGAACCAUGACAUCUCACGCUAAUACUCUAAUGUUACUUGAUGAAAAAAAUAGGCCUGGUCCUGGCCAGCAAGAUGCAACUGACUGGAUUGUUCCUUCAUGCAUAGGCACGGAUUGCACAGCCAAGCGCAACAUCGCCAAGCUGCUUGCGAAUUCCAUAAUAUACCGCUACCUCUGCAGUGAGGAACUGCUUGAGGAUGUUCUUGGUGGGAAGGACGCCCUCAGAGCCUUCAAAGAAUCUGAUGAGAAGGGCUAUCUUGAAGUCGAGACCGAAGGGUUAAAGCAGCUCACGUCCAUGGGUAGCCUUGUGUUGUGCUGUGGUGAUGGCGCUGUCAUGAACUCAACCAAUCUGGGGCUACUGAGGCAUGGUGUCUCCAUUUGGAUUGAUGUUCCUCUUGAAAUGGCAGCAAAUGAUAUGCUGAAGAGUACGGGAACACAAGCUACUACGGAUCCAGACUCUUUUUCUCAGGCGAUGAGCAAGCUCCGUCAGCGGUACGAUGAACUGAAAGAGCGCUAUGGAGUUUCUGAUAUUACUGUUUCAGUACAAAGUGUCGCUUCUCAGCGUGGGUACAGCAGCGUUGACUCGGUGACACUUGAGGACAUGGUCCUUGAAAUCGUGAGGCAAAUCGAGAAGCUGAUCCGAGCAAAGGAGAUGAUGGAAGCUGCAGGGAGGCCCUUCUAAACUAGAUAGUAGAUACCAUGCUGCAUACACAAUAUUUAUGCUCCGGCAUACCAAUUGCCUGAACUCCAACGCUUCGCUGCUCAAGAAACUGAUUGCAAGCGUGUGAAGUCCAAGGAGCUGAAGGUCGUUGUUCCACUCGAACAUGCUUAUAUUGUAAUUGCAAGAUCAUUUGCCAUUUGAUAGUGCAAAUGCAUUACGUGUUCAUCUGCCAUGGCUGAAUUUACUGUCUAUUGGAAAUGGCAGUUUUGCCUGUAUACAUGGGCCCAGCAGCCAAAAUUUGGGAAUUUUGGUGAAAGGAAAAUUUCAGAAUGCAUUUAUAGUGACUAUGUUACAAUGCUAAGGUUUUCUACCUAAAAAUUUUUCAUC